UUUAAAGUGAUUAUAAAGAAAAGAGAGAAAUUCGAUAGUUCGAUGGCGCGCGAACUUCGGAAUAGAUAGUUCGUUCGCAUGUAGUCGGGGUAAGUAAAAUUUCUAUGGUUGUCGACUUGCUAAAUGGCAACAAAGAUGGCGAUUUCAAUGCGAGCAGUUAGUAUUCGUCUUCUGUAACGUAAGUUGACAAGUCCUCGGGCAUUCGUAAAGACUUUUUGAAGUAUGAGCGAAGGAGCGGAUUCGAGUACGCGUAUUUGCGAGAAUUCGCUUACGACCUUGAACACUGAGGACAAACCUAAUGUGCCUCUAUCAACGACGACUACGGGAACGACAAAGAGGACGACGGAGACGACGGCGGAGACGAAGGCAACGACUACCACGACAACAUACACUGGUAGAAGGCCACGAUUUGGUACAGGCAAUGUUCCGAAUUCCCCAUACAUAUGGAUUGAUGGUAGACAAAUACGGAGCGCUUUAGCAUAUACGAAGAAAUGGCCUCCCCGACGAGUGAGUUUUCCAACAAAUGACAUCAAUUUGGUUACGGGAUAUUUGGAGCCGCCUAAUCCUUGGAGACAUGCUGAAAAUGUGAAUCGUGAGGACUUGAUCACAGCGUAUAAGGAAUCCUGCAAACGGCACAACACUGAGCCAUUGGAAAAAGUUUUAGCUCAAUUAGAGAGUUGGGAUUUGUCUGAAGAAUAUAAUAAUGAAUUUAAUUUAAAAGGAGUAAACUUGGAUCUGAAUAAUUCAGAAACACUAGAAGAAAUUCUUAAAAGAAUUCAAUUUAAUAAAAUUGACUUGGAAGCUACAUCUUUAAACGAUGAGAGUUCUGUAAUAUUAUUUGAUAUGCUAGAAUAUUAUGAGUCUGCAAAACAUUUGAACAUUUCAUCUAAUUCAGAUAUUGGUGCUCGUGGUUGGCAAGCAUGUUCACAUAUGAUUAAAAAGACCCAAUGUUUAGAACAGCUUGAAGCUAAGGAUGUAAUGCUUAAUGAACAGUACAUGAAUAUUUUGAGCCGCGCAAUACGAUUAGUCUACCAUCUACAUGUCCUUAAAUUAGAAAAUUGUGGACUAUCAGGAAGACCUAUCGUCAUACUAGUUACAGCUCUGAAAAUGAAUACAGGGAUAAGAGAACUUUACUUAGCUGAUAAUGGACUCGAUUUAUACGAUGCUAUACAGCUUGGAUCUUUAUUAAGGCUCAAUAAUCACUUACAAUUACUUGAUAUUAGUAAUAAUAACAUUCAAGAUAAUGGUGUACAGGAUCUAUUAGAAGGACUUAUUAAUCAAGUUCAUGAAGAUAAAGAUGGCAAAGGAUUGAGUAUACUCAUAUUAUGGAAUAAUCGCCUUACUAAAAAAUCAUCUCCGUACUUCUCUCGCAUUAUUUCAUUAUCAAGGACACUGGAAACAUUAAACAUUGGACAGAAUAUGUUAACCAGUGAAAUGUUAAUCACUGUGAAGGAUUCCCUUAAACAAAAUCGUAUUCUUUUACAAUUGGGAAUGCAAUCCACAGAUCUGACAUGUAAUGGAAUAAUUGCUUUAUCUGAUGUAAUUGAAAAUAAUCAAGUUUUACAGAGGAUAGAUUUGCGAGAUAAUAGUAUACAGAUGACAGGAAUGAAAGCUCUUAGUGCAGCUAUGCAAAAAAACAGGAGUGUUAUACAAUUGGAUCUAGAUGACAAGCCUCGGAUUAAAAUAGAUGGAACUUUACAUCAAUAUAUGGACGUUGUGGCAGAAAUUAGAAGUUAUUGUGCACGCAAUAAAGAAAAUCAACAGAUGAAUGAGAAUAUAGGGGAUUCAGAAAGUCCAAGACAUCAUAGCAGAUCCUUUAACGCGAGUAACCGUAAGAUCUCGCUUACUUGUCAGACACUGCCAUGUCCUUCAUCACCCAUGACUUCAGUAACCACCGAGGAUACCGGGCGAUCGACGCUUGAACCGAAACGUACUAGUGGGGGUCGCCUCCGUUCCCCGGCUCCUAGUCCUAUCCCCUCGCCUGUCGCAAGUCCAAUACCGAGUCCUUCUAGAAGUCGAUUUGUUGUGUCUCGAGUUUCAGAAGCAUCGUUACGUUCCACAGAUUCCUCAGCAUCUUCAUCUCCUGUAACUCCAACAUCGCUAGGACCAAUGUCCACGUGUUUCUUUCCUUCCACAAGUGGAACAUCUAGGUUUCGUGUGUCACUCGUUGAAUCAUCAAAUUGUACAUCUACACCUAAGUCUGUUUUCGCUUCAUCUAAAUCCAAUGUUACCAUCGGCUUUAACUUCAAAGUCGAUUCAGUAGAGUCUGUGGAUUCGGAUGAUUCAGAUAAUAUAUUUAAAUCAGAGACAGAAACAAAUAACGAAAAGAAACAAGGUGCACAAAUUGCAAUAAAUAGUGAAAUUAGCACGACUCCAAUUAAUGUUAAUAAACAUGAUAGUAUACAACCAUUGAAUAUAUCUGAUAAUACAAAUGAACAGAGUACAAAUGAAUGUUUCACUGCUAGUAAGAAUACUAGCGAAGUUAAUACUCAAGAUAACUUAAAUGUUUAUACUGUCGAACAUAAGGAAGAUUCUAAAGACAAUCAAAGUGAAGCUCUAAAAGAAGAAACGAUAGAUACUUCUGCAUUAAUAUUUAAGGAAACUGAUAAUUGUAAAAGUGAAAUUAUAAAAGAUACACAGAUUGAUUUGAAAGAUAAUAUUGAAACAGGUGAUCUUAUAAAUUUAAAUAAAGAAGAACCAAAUAUACAGCAAUCGGUAGAAGAUAUACUGUCUGCAAAAUCACAAAUUCCGCUAUCAGGAAAUAAAGGUACUCCAGUUCAGAAGCACACUUCCGGUUUAGAAAAGCUUCCCAGUUUAUUUCAACAUAAAGGAAAUUUUUUUUCAGAAUCAUCCAAUAUUAGUCAAACAGAUUUUAGAAAUUUAUUGCAAGGUAGUGUAAAUAGCGUGUUAGCAUUUGGUGAUAAAUUUCAUCAGUAUUUCAAAGACGGGAAAGCAAACUGUAAAACUAAUACUUCUGGAACAUUUGCAGACAUUGUAUCUUUAUCUUCUAAAAGUAAAUCAUUAAAGUCAUUAAAUGUCACACAAUUACCAAGUAUACAAACAUUAACAAGUAUGUUUGCUUCAUUUAAAACGGAUACCAAUACGAAUGCCUCAGAACAACAGUCAUCCAAAAAGUGCUCCAAUCAAAUAAAACAUGCAGAUCAGGGAUAUAACGAAGGAAAAAUGAAAGAAAAAGAUUUUAAAGAAAAAUCAUUACAUUAUAAUGUAGAAUCAUCCAAUUACGAUAGUAGAAACUUUAGUAGCGAUAAAGAAAAGGAAACUAGUGUAUCUAGUUUAAAUAUUCAAACGUUACCUGAUAUUGUCCAAUUAAAAGAUGACGGGCAUGCUAGCAGAGAUUUAAUAGCAGAAGAAAAUAGUGUUACCUCAACCGUGGUAGUAAAAGCUUGCUCUAAAACUGUAAAUAGUGCUUCAUCGAUAAAUGUUCCAGAGAGCAAGAUGACUGUAUGUAUACCUAAGUUAAAGGAUAUACCUGAAUACUCUGUUUUAGAAGUAAGUGAAAAUAUUAUUGAGAAAGAAACCAUAGGAUAUGAAUUGGGGAACAUAGAUUCUGUAAAGAUAGAAAAAGUAUGUGAUAGAAGUUCGACUGACAGUAUUAAUUUGACUAGUGAUGAAAUAUCUUCAUCUUGUAACGUGACAUGUGAUAUAAGAGUCAUAGAUAAUGUAAAUAUUGUAAGUAUGCUCGAUGAUCCAGUAAAUUUGCAGACUACUUCUGAAAAAGAUGUUGCAGAUUCUUUGCUUCUUAAUACUUGUUGUAAGAAUGACGAAGUAGCAUCAAAUAUGCAUGUGGAUGAUUAUAACCAUGGUGUAAAUGAUAUUUCAAUGAUAAAUCAUGAUAUGUUAGAAAUUAAUGUAGAAAAGAAGAAAAAUUUUAAUAAUGAAGUUACCAAAAUAUGUAGUGUUAAUAUUAACAAAGAAAAUGAAAGAUGGGUCGACUUAAACGAUGCUUUAAGUCAUGAUGUAGGAGCAAAUACUUGCCAUGUGGAUAUAGAUCCACAUUCAAAGAGUACAACUGUAAAUAGUAAAAUAAAAUCAUGUAUAUCAGAGUUAAGUCUUACUUCUAAAGAUAAUGUUGAUGAUUUUAAUAAUGUUAAUGCACAGAUACAUCCAACUGCUAAUAUAUGCACGGACGAGGCUGCAGUUGCUUUAUGGAAAGAGGAUACAUUAAAUGAUCUUAUUACAGAAGAGACAUUGUUAUCCAAACCAAAUAAUAUUGAUGCAUGUCCAAUUGUAUCUAAAGAUGUUAAAGUUAACAAUUAUAUAGAAAAUAAUAUAAAGAAGCCUUCUGGUAAGGAAUCUGACUUUACUAUACUUCCAACUGUAAUAUUACCACAGAUAAGAGAAAAUGUUUCUGCCUCUGUUAAAAAAACUCUUCAAGAUUUUGAAAAAUCAGACUCUGAAGAUCUUAUAUUUUGUAUUACUGAUAUAUCUAACGAUGGAAACUCUGUUAAAGAAGAAACACAUUUACCUAAUAUAGUUUCUGAUGCAUGGCAACAGAAUGCAGUAGAAACAGAAACUUCAUUUUUCGAUCUACCUCAGACAUCUCAUUCGUCUACAACUUUACUUAUUAAAAAGCCAGAAAAUAUUCAUAGGAAUAGCCAAGAUUCAGGAAUCGAGGAAUCCAAUUUGUCAACUUCAGAAGAUAACAUUCCAGAGGUCGUUCAGCCGCAACAUAAAGAGAGUUUCCAGGAAAGCGUUGAUUCCGGAAUUGAAUCUGAAUGUUCAUUGGUAUGUGUUAAAAUUAAUCCUAACACAGACGAUACUGUUAAAAGCGAAAUCCCGAAGAAAACAUCGUGCAAUGUUGAUGACAACGCUGAAUGCCCCCGUAAGCGCAUUAAUGAUCUCACAGAUUUCAAAUCUGAUAUCAUUGAACAUAUACAAACGAGAAAUAAUGAUACUGUAAAAGAAGUAAAUUAUUCGUAUCUUGAAAUGGUAAAAUGCGCAGUGGUUACGUCUACGUGCUCGAUAGGUGGAAUAGAAAUCACGAAUAAUGCGGCGGUUGGAACAAAUUCUGAAGAAGAUGAUAGGAUAGUUGCUGAACCGCCUGUAGUUUUUCAUGUUACAAGUCCCAAGUAAAGUGGACCACACAGAGGACAACGAGGAGGAUGAAGAUGAAGAGGACGAGGACGAGGACGAGGACGAGGAAGAGAACGAGGACAAAGAGACAAUUUACGACGACGACGAUGACGACGAUGAGAUAAAUGAACUCGAGGAAACGAAGAAACAGCUCGAGCCAAAGUAUCGUCGUUAUGUCAACUGGCGAAUUUAAGGGGAAAAAAAAAAAAAAAGAAAAAAGAUAAAAAAUAUAUAUAUAUGUAUUUAAUGUCCAUAAGCGACCAAAAUAAAAAACGGUUAAAGGAUUAACCAGAUAAAAAGGAAGUGCAGGUCACAACAUUGCGGUAGCGAUAUUCAUCUAAAAGAAUUUAUAAUAGUGAAGAAAUUGUAAAUGUUGGUUGAAAAAAAAAAAAAUGAAGAACGGACUGUACGUUUUGUUGCUCAAUGAUGUUCACGCAACAUUUAUUUUUACUAAUCUUUAGUUGGAACGUUUAUAAGAAAGAAAAGGAAACAGAAAGAAAGAUUUAAUAGAUGAACGAACAAAUAGGGUGCAGUGCACAUUUUGUUCGUAUUUCCGCCUGCGUAUUUUCAACGUAGAGCAACAGAGUAUGUAUAUGAUAAUGGACGAUCAUAUCUAGUCUUAAAGACAAGUCGUUCCAUUCUAAAUCGCAACUUAAACUUAAAUGUCCGAUCGCUGUGUUCACGUCGUGUUUAAACAUAUUUUACGAUGUUCACGAACCGUUAAAAAGACAGUGCGGACGACUUUAAUUACUACUUAAAUAAAUGUACUAAAUGUGUAUUGUUGUUUAAAUUAAACUCUUAAAAGAAAAAAAAAAGGAAAAGAAAAAUAAAAGUAAAAAAAAAAAAAGAUCAUUUAUAGAUGAUAACGACGAAAAGUGCAAUUCGGAAAGUAACUGACUGAAAGUCAUCCGGAAUUACACGAAAAACAUGUACGCAAUAUGUAUGUAUGUAUGUAUGUACGUAUGUAUGUAUGUAAGUAAGUGAAUAUGCAUGAAUGAACGUUUGCAUGUGUCAUGUAUGUAUAUGUGUGUGUAUAUAUAAAUAUAUUAUGGACACACACAUAUAUAUAUAUAUUCCGUGCAACGGAGAAAAUGUAUCGACAAAAAAAACUCGAGUCAAAUUUUUUAUAAGGGGAACGAAAGUUAAUGAAGGAUAUUGUUAAAAAAAAAAAUUUAUUAUAUUAUUGUGCUUAAAAAUCUUAAAAUUUUUAUUUAUUAUCUUUAAAAAGAUCUUAACUUUGACAUAAUACGUUUUAUUGUAUAUAAGUAAAGAUCUAAUGAAAAAUAACACGCUCCUGUAUCUAUUGGAUAAGUGUAUGUAUGGAUCAAGAUUUAGAUCAAGAGAUAUAAACUUGGCCUUUCCGUAAGAUUAGAUUAUAGUUUCACAUUCAUAAACACUUUCUUACUUUUUAAUAUUAAUAGUGCAUUCUAUGCUAAAAUGGAAUUUUGAUGAUUCGAUCGAUGAUUUUACAACAAUAAUAUGAUUGUCGCGAUAUCAAUGGAUGUUUUUAAAAAAAAUGUUUAAACAAUUUUUUUUAAAGCGAAGAUUUUUAUUACUAUUUUAUUGGAUAUAUUCGACAAUUUUAUUUUUCUUUACAUUCUUUUACUUUGCUGACGAUAUCGAAAAUCCAUGCAAUAUUGCAUAACAUCACUAUAUAAAAACAUUUGCUUUAAAAUUAUAUAUCUUGUAUCCAUUGUUAUGUAUUUAUCGAAAUAGUGGAUGCAUGUGUAUAUAUGUAUAUAUAUGUGCAUAUACAUAUAUAUAUAUAUAUAUAUAUAUAUAUAUAUAUAUAUAUAUGUAUAUAUAUACAUAUAAAUAUAUGCAAAUGUCAAGUAUUAUUCAGCAGGUGAUUGAGAUUGUACAAAUGAAAAUGAGUUUACAAUAGAAUGAUUCGUUGGCAUCGAUAUUUCUAAGAUUUAAGUUCUAUCUCUUGUUAUGAUGUCUGUGAUGAAUCUCGCACCAGGCAGAUACAAAGAUUAGUGGAAACAAUACAAUAGUGGAAUGAUCUGUCCCUUUUUGAUCACAAUUUAUUAUUCAAAAUACAAUAUGUGUAUAUAUAUUUUUGAAAGAAAAAAUUUCGUGGAAUGUCUAUUGUCCGUUCGCAAAUGUUCCGAAUAACGCUUUAACAAAUACGUUUCGAAGAAACGAUUGGGAACAAUAUUGUUAAUCAUUGGUUUCUGUAUUUACUUUUAUCGUAUGUGUGUGCGUGUGCGCGCGUGUAUGUAUGAAUGUAGAAUAAGUUUAUAUUUAAUAACAUGUAUGUACUAAGA